AAAAACAAAGGAAUUAUCUUCUGGGCUUUUGGCUUCAUCCGGUUAGUAAGCUAUCAAGUAUCGCCCAUCAGCGGUCAGGCAGUCUUAGCUUCGGGAUGAGCAAAAACCAUCGCUGACUUCACUUACGUCAUCAUCAUCCUCAUCCUCAUCUUCUGUAAGCACUUCUUCUUUUAUUUUAACUAACCGUCGUGUUGUUUCAUUUGCUGAAAGGAUUUUCGGUGCUAUGGCGACUCAAUCUCCGCCUCCUCGAAAUCCAACGGUUCAUGAUCCUCCAAAACCAGCUGUAGAACAAGCACAACCAGCAAAUGAGGCACAGCCAGAUGCUAGAGAUACUGCUGAGCCAAUUUCUUCUCCAUCAGUGUUUGUGAAUUCAGAACCCAUGAGGGAGGAGCAAGUGCAGAAUGCUGUAAAAUUCCUUUCACACCCUAAAGUCAGGGGUUCGCCAGUUAUCUAUAGACGAUCUUUUCUAGAGAAGAAGGGUCUCACGAAAGAGGAGAUAGAUGAGGCUUUUCGGCGUGUUCCUGAUCCAUCUCCAAGUGCACAGGCAACCACUAUUAAUCAAGAUGGACAGAUGAAAUCAUCACCUAGCAUUCAGCCACAUGCAACAACACAAGCUUUGCAGCCUGCUGCAGCUGCUCCUGCAGGUGUCGUUACACCAGUGAGGACAUCAAUGAUGUCCUGGUUUCACUGGUAUCAUGCUGUUCUUGCUGUGGGAUUUCUGGCCGCUUCAGGUGCUGGAACUGCUGUUUUAAUCAAGAAAACUUUUGUCCCAAGGUUCAAGUCUUGGAUACGGAAAGUUGUCUUAGAAGAAGAUGAUGAUAUUUCAAAGAAAACUAAUGGGAAACCAAGUUUAGCAGAAGAAGCAGCAGCGGCCGCCAAAGCUGCUGCAGCUGCAGCUGCUGAUGUGGCAAAGGCAAGCCAAGAAAUGUUGAAUUCAAAAAAUAAUGAAAAAAGAUGCUUCGAGGAAUUUAUGAAUCUGUUAGCUGUGCAAGUUCAGGAAAUUAAGUCCAUGAGUAAUGCCAUAAGGAAGUUGGAAGGACAAACUACUUAUUCUGAAAGAACCUCUUUUGUCAAUCAAGGAGAUCAUAGGGUCUCUGUCACUAGUCUGAAGCAACCAUACAUGAAUGGCCAGUUGGACAUGGACUCCCAAUCAGUGAGGUCUUCCUCACCUCCUGCCACUGGGGAACCCUCUGUUGCACCCCACCCAAAGUCAUUUAUGGAGAUUAUGGCAAUGGUCCAGAGAGGGGAGAAACCGUCCAACAUUAGGGAGAUAAAUGAUCAACCUCCGAACCCAAACCAGCAAUUAUCAAAUCCGCGCAUAGUGCACAGAGCUAAGCCCUGGGAGGUUGGUCAGGCCCAAAAUGGCUCCAACCAAGUACUUGAGUCUGAAGUAAAUGCGGAAGGCUUGAAUACAAGGGUUCAAGAUAAUGGGCAGAACUAUCUGAUAGAUGAUGAGAGUCCAUUACCUUGGUGGCAGCGGAAACAUGUGAAGAUUACAGAAGUUGAGAAUGAAGAUGAAGUCAAGACUGGACCUUAUGGUGUUCGAACCAAUGGGCAACCAGUUCAGCGGGCAUGGGUUCCACCUCAGCCACCACCGGUUGCAAUGGCAGAAGCAGCUGAAGCAAUCCGGAGGCCGAAACCAGCAGUUCCAAAAGAACAGUUGGCUGGUGAUAAGUCUGUGUCUAAUAAUUCAGAUGUUACUGAUGAGUUGCAGAGGAUCACAAAGAUAUCAGAAGCAGGAGGUGCAGUGGAAGAGAUGAACUGUGGGGGCUUAGCGAUGAACACAAGUGAGAUACAGGAAGAACAAGAAAACGGCAUUGUGGGGGCUUAGUGAAUAUAUACUUGACCCACAUCUAUAAACGCAAUUUGGUAUCCCUAUUCCUCUUAAGAAUAAAGUUUUAAAUAGGUAUUGAAAAGCAGAUUACAGUGAACUUUGUUUAUAAACCACUAAUAUGCAUUGGAUGACCAUGGAGUUGAAGUUUCACGAACCUGCGAAUUUUAUGGAUUAUGUGCAUCUUUUCUCCUUUA